UUGGGCAAGGCAAACGUCGGCAAGUCCACGUUCUUCUCUGCGGCGACGCAGACGCAGGUCCAGACAGGCAACUUUCCGUUUACCACCGUGCAGCCAAACGUCGGCGUGGCGUAUGUGGAGUCGGAGUGCGCCUGCAGGCACCUGGGCAUAACGCACGAGAACAGCCUGUGCUCCGGCGGCACCCGGCUCAUUCCAGUAAAGAUAAUCGACAUCGCGGGGCUGGUUCCGGGGGCCCACCAGGGCAGGGGACUGGGCAACCAGUUCCUUGACGAUGCCCGGCAGGCCAGGGUGCUGAUACAUGUGGUGGACAUAGCGGGGGCCACGGACCUGCAGGGACAGCCCGUCUCCCCCGGGAGCCACGAUCCGCUGGAGGACGUGAAAUUCGUCCAGGAGGAGUUUGACCAGUGGUUCCUGCAGAUACUGAUGCGGGAGUGGAACAAGCUGCGCCGGGAGCUGGUCCAGAAGAGGGCCAGCCUGGCAGACGGCAUAGCGCGGCGCUUUAGCGGCCUGGGGGUGGAGAGCCACCAGGUGCACCAGGUCCUCCAGGAGAUGAACCUGCUGGUGAAGAAGCCCGACAACUGGACCGACGGCGACAGGCUGGCGCUUGUCGUCGGGCUCAGAAAGAUGACAAGGCCCAUGAUAGUAGCGGCAAACAAGGCAGACCUGUGCCGGGACCUUGCUGUCACAAAGGGCAUCACCGGGUGCGACGUGGUGCCGUGCAGCGCAGAGGCCGAGCUGCUGUUGCGCAAGGCGUCCGGCGCGGGGCUUGUGGAGUACGCCCCCGGCGCCGGCACGUUUGCCGUCGGGCCCGGCGUGCAGGUGUCCGCCCAGCAGAGGAGGGCGCUGGAGACGGUGCGCGCCAUACUUGGGAGGAUCGGCACCACCGGAGUCCAGCGGGUGCUGAACGCCGCGGUCUUUGACAUGCUGGGCAUGAUAGUGGUGUAUCCGGUGGAGGACGAGACGAGGUUCACCAACAGGGACGGCGAGGUGCUCCCCGACGCAAGGCUGCUGCCUGCCGGCUCGGGUCCCCGGGACCUGGCCGCAACCAUCCACGCGGAUAUAGAGAAGGGGUUCCUGUACGCCAUAGACUGCAAGAAGAGGCAGAGGGUCGGCGUGGAGCACAGGCUCCAGAACGGGGACGUGGUUAAGAUCGUCUCGACGGGAAGCAGGGGGGCAUGA